UUUGAGUAGAGGGUUUUGACAGACAUCACAAGGUAAUAUUUAAUAAUGCGUUUCAUAAGGUUGAAGAGCGGGGAUGGAGAGAUAUUCAAAGUUGAUCCGGAAAUAGCAAAGUGCUCCGGACUUAUAAUGGGUUUGAUUGAAAGCUUAGGAAUCGAAGACAACGAAGAAGAAAUUGUGCCAUUGCCCAACAUUAACUCUAUUAUUCUACGAAAGGUAUUGCAAUGGACGAAAUACCACAAAAACGACCCCCCAUUUGUAGAGGACGAAGACUGGAAAGAGAAGCGAACCGAUGAUAUUUGCGCUUGGGACUCGCAAUUCUUGCAGGUCGACCAAGGAACUUUGUUCGAAUUGAUGGCUGCGGCUGACUGUUUGGAAAUAAAAGGUCUCAUGGACGUCACCUGUAAGACACUAGCCAACAUGAUCAAGAGCAGAGAACCGGAGGAACUGAGGAGAAUUUUUAAUAUCAAAAAUGAUUUCACUGCUAUAGAGGAAGCACAAGUCAGAAUAGAUAAUUCUUGGUGUGAAAAAAAGUAAUAACUCUUGAUGAAUAUGUAGAAAUUGUUGUGAAAAUUGUAAAUUGUUGUGAAUGCUGUUUUAUAAAUAAAUUUCAGCUUAAA